AUGGCCCAGCGGGCAGUGUGGCUCAUCAGCCACGAACCGAGAACUCCACUUUGUGGCACCGUGAGAUUCUCCAGGCGGUUUCCAACUGUUGAAAAACGAGCCAAAGUCUUCAAUGGAGCAAGUUAUGUGCCUGUUCCUGAAGAUGCGCUUUUACUUAAAGCACUACUCUUUGAAUUUAGAUUGUUGGAUGAUGAUAAGGACUUUGUGGAGAGUCGGGAUAGCUGUUCACGAAUCAAUAAAACAUCUGUCUAUGGAAUUCCAGUAGGAGGUGAAGAACUUUGGCCAGUUGUUGCUUUUAUGAAGAAUUGCAUGAUAUAUGCUUCUGUUCCUCUAGUUGAACAAACUUUAUGCCCUCGCCCACCUUUGAUUAGCAUUAGUGGAGUUUCACAAGGCUUUGAACUUCUUUUUGGGAUACAGGAUUUUCUUUUCUUGAGUCAAAAAAAUGAUGCUGAGCUAAAUUCAAAAUUGAACCAGUUGCCUGACUUACUCCUGCAGACUUGUCCAUUUGGUACUUUGUUAGAUGCCAACUUACAAAAUUCACUGGAUAAUACUAAUUUUGCUUCUGUGACUCAGCCACAAAAACAGCCAGCUUGGAAAACUGGAACAUACAAAGGAAAACCACAAGUUUCUAUUUCUAUAACUGAAAAGGUGAAAUCCAUGCAAUAUGAUAAAAGAGAAAUAGCGGAUAUGUGGCAAGUUGUUGGAACUGUAACUUGUAAGUGUGAUUUAGAAGGAUUCAUGCCAAAUGUGACCAUCAGCCUGAGCCUCCCCACCAAUGGAUCUCCACUUCAGGAUAUUCUGAUUCAUCCUUGUGUGACUUCUCUUGACUCUGCCAUUCUGACAUCUAAUAGUAUUGGUGCAGUGGAUGAUUCUGCAUUUAGUGGACCUUAUAAAUUCCCAUUCACUCCACCUUUAGAGUCAUUCCAUUUAUGCUAUUAUACUUCCCAGGUCCCUGUCCCACCAAUUUUGGGGUUUUAUCGAAUUCAGGAGGAAGAAACACAACUAAAAAUAACAGUCAAUUUAAAACUUCAUGAAAGUGUGAAAAAUAAUUUUGAAUUCUGUGAAGCUCGUAUUCCUUUUUAUAAUAGAGGUCCAAUCACACAUGUGGAAUACAAAAUAAGUUUUGGCCAGCUUGAAAUAUUUCGAGAGAAAAACUUACUGAUCUGGACUAUUGGCCAAAAGUUUCCAAAAUCAAUGGAAAUUACUCUUUCUGGAAAUAUAACGUUUGGGACAAAAAAGCAUGAAAAGCAGUCAUUUGACCAGAUUUGUAUUGGUAGUACAGCAUAUGUAAAGCUUCAUUUUAAGAUCAUAGAUUACACACUCACUGGGUGUUAUGCGGAUCAGCAUUCUGUUCAAGUUUUUGCAUCCGGAAAACCAAAAAUAAGUACAAAUCGGAAACUAAUUUCUUCUGACUAUUACGUAUGGAAUUCUAAAGCCCCUGCUCCAGUAGCUUAUGGAUCAUUAGUACUAUAAUUUUCUCAUGUUUAAAUGAGAUUUAUGUAAU